AUGGCACCGGUUGAGGGUCGCGUAAAAAAGGAGCAGCUGCGCAAGCGCCUCAAAAACUUGCUACGCCGUCACAAUGAUUUCUGGCGCUUGUAUUCAAUCAAAAGCUGGGUGGUUAUGGAAAUGCCAAACGGCCGCAUCUAUACCUACUAUUCUCACCCCGAUGUCGCCGUACCAACUAAACAGGAGAUAACCCAACGUCCUCAGCCUUCGGUCCACAGAUCUCCACCCGACUAUGACCCCUCAAGAUAG